CAGCCACAAAUAAACACGUCAGCAGAAAUCUGAAGGUUCAUAAGAGAAACAGACUGGCUGCGCUUCUCCUGCCCACCUGUGGGGGCGGUAAUGAGCUGUAACCCCGUCUGCCGGAAACAAGCAGAACAUCCAGGUUACAGUUAACCGCGUCUCAGUCACGGUCCUCCCGCAGCUCGUCCAGGCACCGACCCUGUGAUGGCCUCCAGGAGGCCGGACAGCUUCGAUGGGCUCGGCUACCGCGGCCGCGAUGACCCGCUGUACGGAGCGAGCUACCCGGUCAGGAGCGCCGGAGGUCCCGCGGAGCUGCAGCACCACCACUGGGUCACCACGCCGCCGGACAUUCCCGGGAGCCGUAACCUGCACCACGGAGAGCGGACCCCACAGUACGACGAGCCGCUGGGAGAGCCCGGAGGUCCCGGAGCCGCAGCCGGCUGGGAAGCCCCGCAGCCCGGCGUACCGCCAGCUGAGCAGCUGAAUCGAUUCGCAGGCUUCGGAAUCGGACUGGUCAGUCUGUUCACAGAGAACGUCCUCGCUCAUCCCUGUAUCGUCUUCCGCAGACAGUGUCAGGUGAACUACCACGCCCGCUGUUACCACCUGACUCCGUUCAGUGCUGUCGCUGUCAUGUACACAAUCACCAAGGCUCAGGGUGUGAAGGCUCUGUGGAAGGGGAUGGGCAGCACCUUCAUCGUUCACGGCAUCACGCUGGGAGCUGAAGGCAUCAUCAGCGAGUUCACGCCGUUACCACGGGAGCUUCCUCACAGGUGGACGUGGAAACAGCUGGCUGGACAUUUACUGCUGAAAGGGUUAACAGCUGUGGUCGCUCUGCCGUUUUACUGCGCCAGCCUUGUGGAGACUGUUCAGAGCGAAAUCGUCCGGGACGACUCGUCAUCCGGGCUGCUCGAUUGUGUCCGUGAAGGUCUGACCCGGCUGUUGGGUGUCGGUGCUCCUCACAGUCGUCGUCUGCUUCCUCUCAGCUCUCUGCUGCUUCCUACAGCACUGCACGCCGUCCUGCGAUAUGCCAUUGCAGCCUCCAUUCAGCGGGUGGCGCUGUGGCUGCACCAGCGGGGCAGGAAGCAGCGGGUGGAACCCAGCAACCCGCUGGACGCCUACUUCCCCGAGCUGGCGGCGGCGUGGGUGGGGUCUCUGGUGGCCGACAUUGUGCUGUUUCCUCUGGAGACGGCGCUGCACCGCCUUGGCCUGCAGGGCACACGCACCAUCAUUGAUGCCACCGACGGUGUGGUCGGCGUGGGAAAUGGCGGCAGCCCACUGGUCCUCCCUGUCAACACGCAGUAUGACGGCUUCUCCGACUGCCUCCACGCCAUCCGCCGUAAGGAGGGCACGGCAGGGUUUUAUCGUGGCUUCGGAGCGCUGGCGGCGCAGUACGCACUGCACGGAGCGCUGCUGGCUGCGGCCAGGACGCUGCUGAGGCUGCUGCUGCUGGAGGGGCGGGGCAACUAGAGGACCGCUGCCAUGGAGACCUCACAGUAUCACUUCCUGUUCACACAUCAACCAUCAGUCCACCAUGACGACGAAGGAUGAAGUGACAUGAGUGAAACGGUGUAGAGCUCGACCUGAAGUAUGACGAUAAUCUGUUCAGCUGAUAGAAACACACGUCAACAUCAAUGCCAGAGAGUCGUCAAUAUAACUGAUCACAAACAUCUUAAUCUGCGCUAUGAUCAAAUAGAGAUUUAAUGUCAGCACUGAAAUCACCUGACACACACACACAUGCACGUGUACACACAUAGCACACACACACACACACACACACACACACACACACACACACACACUGGUGACUAGAAGAGACAGCUUAUUGGUUGAUAAAAGAUAAAUGAUGAUAAAAUCAUUAAUAUGUAUUAUAUCAAUGAUAAAUCAUUAUAUAUUAUUAACAAUAUAUACAAACAUACAUAAAUUAAAACUUAAGGUGCGUCACACCGUCAGCACCUCCACAGACACUAUAGCAACUGCUUGGCAACCAUUUCAUAAUACCAUAGCAACCAUUGCUGACCUAGCAACCAUUGCUGACCUAGCAACCAGCUGAUGCUUCACCUCCUUCCUGCAGUCCACAUUUAGCUUCAGGUCAUGCUUAGCUUAGCUUAGCACAAAGACUGGGAGACUCUGAACGUUCGCGUCACUUCCUGCCUUCAAACAAAAUGUUGUUGUGCAUAACCAUGGAAACGCUGUGUCACUUCCUGUCCCAGCAUGAACUCAUGAUCCUGUGUUAAAAUUACAAAUGCCGAAAGCUGAUUGGUCAGCCUCAGCUGCUGUGUGUUGAUCAGUGUGUGUGUGUAUACAAGUACUGAUAUGUGAGAACACCUGUCGGCCAACAAACCACUUCCUGUUUGUAUAAAGUUGUAAAAAUUAAAAAAGUUCUAUGUAUUAAAAGUAAAGUAGCUUUAGAUGAAACCAUAUGUGAUGCAUCGAUAUUUAAAUCAAAUGAGUGAAACUAAAUAAAUCAGUUAAAGCACAAACUGAACUGCUGUCGAUUUUUCAAAAUAAAAGUUUCGAAUUUGUUUCUGAA